CAUCUCUAAUACAAAUUCUUCAGCCGUUCCACGGUUUUGUAACAGUUUUGAGUUGAAUUAAAUGAACAAAAAUGCAAAAUCUUACCCGCCUGUUUAACUGUUCACUUACGUUGCAACCACAGCGGGUUGUGGCGCCAGUUGCCCUGCAACAGCUGCGCACCAAAACAAAAGUCGUCGAAAAACCGAAACCCGGAGCCGGGCAACAAUUUCGCAGAAUUGUUCAUUUCCCUGAGGAGUAUACAGUGGUGCCAUUGAAAAUAACACAUCUAGCUGGUCGUGACCCGAUCUCAGGUCGCGUGGUGGCUAAGGGCAUUGGCGGUGGAAUCAAGCAGCAAUACCGUUGGAUCAAAUGGGUUCGCGAUGGCCCCACAGAGGGUUCGGCGCAGGAAGAACGAGUUGUGGAGGUUCUAAACGAUGGCUGCCGAACAGCCAAAGUGGCUCUGGUGGCGGUGGGCGAUGAACUAAAAUACAUACUCGCCACGGAGAAUAUGAAAGCGGGCGACAUUUUAAAAACUUCGAGGGUAAUUCCUCGCAUUCCAGUUCGUCCCAAUGAUGGGGAUGCCUAUCCACUCGGUGCUUUACCUGUUGGCACCCGAAUUCAUUGUCUGGAAAAGAAUCCCAAUCAGCCCUGCCAUCUAAUUCAUGCGGCUGGAACGUUUGGCACAAUUUUACGCAAAUUUGAUGACAAAGUAGUUGUCCAACUGCCAUCCAAGCGAGAAUUCGCCUUUGAUCGCACUUGCAUGGCGACAGUUGGAAGAUUAUCUAACGUCGAGCAUAAUAAGGAACAUGUGGGUAGUGCUCAGCGGAUGCGAGAGUUGGGCAACAGACCACGAUCAGGUCUAUGGAAGCGUAAGGAAGGCAAACAUGGACGUAAAAUUCGCCGCCUGCCGCCCAUGACAACGAUAGCUCCACCGCCGGCGGCCAAAGAGCAAGAACUACGCUUAACAUUGAACCUUUGAUGAUAAACAAACAUUGUUAUAUGUAUAUAUAUGCCUGUGCCUCUGGCUUUUAAUAUGCUACAUCUAAAUACAUACGCUUAAAAACUAUA